AUGGGUAUCGAGGAGAGCAUCGAACGUCUCUGCGGACCAAACGCCACUCUAUCGGAAUCCCCAUUCGCAAGCGGUUUACCGAAUGUUUCUGUCUGUUUCCAACACACGAUUCUCAUCUGGGUGCCAACGAUCUUUUUCUGGAUUCUCUCACCGGCUUUCCUCUUCCAAUCGCAGCGAAAUUCCCUUCGAUAUCCCCCAUUGCAAAGGAGUCUUCAUUUUUGGUUGAAAGUGCUUUCCUCACUGAUUCUCACGGCGAUCUCAUUGACGCUUUUCAUUUGGAUUCUCUUUGAUCGAACGAAUAAACACGGUGUCGACUAUUUGUAUCCGAUUUUGUUGACGUUGACUUGGGGUGGAAUCACGAUUUCUCACGAGAUUCGCCUACGAACGGGAAUGGUUUCAUCGGGUAUCAUUCACAUCACAUCAACGAUUUUCGCUGUCUUUUCUUUACCUGAAAUGUAUCAAUGGUCAAGGAUGUUGCAUGAGGAUUCGGUUGCUUCCUCUGAGAAAUUCCGGUGUUUCAUUGCAUUAAUCUAUUGUCCAUUCGCCUUUUUGCACGUGUUUUUAAUGUUUUUCGCCGAUCUACGCAGAAAGGAUUUGAAAAGCGAAGAGAAGCGUUGCCCAGAAUUAGAGAGCUCUUUCUUCUCAAGAUUGACACUUUGGUGGUUUAACCCGAUCCCAGCAAUCGGCGCGAAAAAGGACAUCGAAUUUGAUGAUUUGUACGAUUUGAAUGAGGCUUCAACAACGGAAUACCUCUCUCGAUAUUGGAACAACGUGUGGGAGCCGAAGAUUUUUGGCUAUCAACAAAAAGCGAAAGCGACACCAAUUGGUACUCCCCUUCCGGAUCCUCCAUCCGUCGUCGCUGCAUUGUUCCGCAUUUUUCGCUGGGAAUUCCUCUCGGCUACCGCUCUUAAAAUGAUCUCCGAUGUGCUCCAAUUUGCGAAUCCUUUCUUGCUCAAUGCUCUCAUCGGUUUCAUUUCGAAAAAGGACGCUCCAUUGUGGCAGGGAAUCGCCUACGCACUGUUGAUGUUCACCGCAUCGGAGAUUCGUUCUUUCGUUCUCAAUUCGUAUUUCUACAUCAUGUUUCGAAUGGGGAUCAAAUUUCAGACAGUUCUGACAGCGGCCGUUUAUCAGAAGACGUUGAAACUCUCAAAUGCGGCACGAAGAGACAAAACGGUUGGCGAAAUCGUGAAUCUGAUGGCGAUCGAUGUGGAAAGAUUUCAGCUGAUCACCCCACAAAUACAACAAUUAUGGAGUUGCCCAUUUCAGAUCACCCUUGCCUUAAUCUAUCUCUUCCAUACACUUGGCUAUGCUGCAGCUCCAGGAAUCGUCGUGAUGAUCAUUUUCGUGCCCGUCAACAUUUUCUCAUCAAUGUUCGUGAGGAGAUGGCAGAUGCAACAAAUGACAUUGAAAGACGAGCGAACAAAGCUUGUCAACGAGAUGCUAAACGGGAUCAAGGUGAUCAAAUUGUACGCUUGGGAAGUCCCAAUGGAAGAGCACAUCAAUCAAAUUCGACAAAAAGAAUUGAUGCUCAUAAAGAAAGCUGCAUGGGUUCGAAAUGUGCUCGACUCGUUCAACACGGCUAGCCCUUUCAUGGUAGCCCUUCUCUCCUUCGGCACCUACACUCUCUCAUCGGAUGAACACGCAUUGACACCGCAGGUGGCUUUCGUUUCGUUGACUCUUUUCAAUCAACUGCGCUCGCCGAUGACAAUGAUCGCCAUGUUGAUCAAUCAAAUCGUUCAAGCAAUUGUCUCGAAUCGUCGAUUGAAAGAGUUCUUCGUCGCACCGGAGUUAGACGAGAAUGCCGUUGACCGAAUUGACGGCAAUUCAAACGUAAACGCUGUUGAGAUGAUCGAUGUGGAUGCGGUUUGGGAUGCGCAAGAGCAUGUUUCAAAGACUUCCGGUCUUCAGCACAUGAGCCUUGAGGCAAAGCCAGGCGCACUGGUGGCCGUCGUUGGCAGAGUUGGAGCCGGGAAAAGCUCGCUCAUCAGCGCACUAUUGGGUGAGAUGGAGAAGUUGAAAGGGAUUAUUGGUGUCCGGGGAAGGGUUGCCUAUGUGCCACAACAACCAUGGAUACAGAAUUUGUCUUUAAAAGACAACAUUCUUUUCGGACGACCAUACGACAAACAAAGAUAUCAAAAGGUGAUUUCCGCUUGCGCACUUCGACCAGAUCUUAAAAUUCUUCCACACGGCGAUUUAACGGAAAUCGGUGAAAAGGGAAUCAAUCUGUCUGGUGGGCAAAAAGCGCGAGUCGCUUUGGCUCGAGCUGUCUAUCAAGAUUGUGAUGUUUAUCUGCUGGAUGACCCGCUAUCGGCUGUUGAUUCGCACGUUGGCCGACAUAUCUUUGAUUAUGUGAUCGGUCCGAACGGUUUGCUGAGGGGGAAAACGCGAAUCUUGGUCACUCACGGAUUGACUUUCAUUCGCGAUGCCGAUCCGAUUGUUGUUUUGAAAGACGGUCUAAUCGCCGAGCAGGGCACUUACGACGAGCUCGUCGAGAUGGGCGGCGCGUUUGCCGAUUUCGUCAAAGAGAUAAAAUCGAAAAAACCAGCCGACAACGAUGAGGACAGUGACUCAGAGGGUUGGCACGAGGAUGGCAAGGAGAAACAAAUUAACGACGAAUCAGACGGAGAAGAUCAAGAAAAACCUCUGCUAAACACUCAGGUCUCCGUGUUGACCGUGAAAUCGACGACUGGGGCUGAGGAUGGAAAGAAAUUAAUUCAAAAGGAAAUGGCCGCUGAAGGAAGUGUGAAAAUCUCGAUCUACCGUGAUUAUGUGAAAGCAGCCACUUACACGCUUUCCUUCCUUUUUGCCGCCGGUUUUACCCUCUUUUCAGUUUUCCAAAUUGUCCGGAGUUUCUGGCUCUCGGCAUGGUCUGACGAGAACGAUCCCUCACACACUGGCCACAAAAUGGAAUUGGGCACUCGUCUUGGAGUGUACGGUGCACUGGGAGUUGUCGAAUCGCUCUGGUUUCUCGUCUCGCAGGUGCUGAAUCUUUACGGCGGAUUGUCGGCAUCCCGUCGCCUUCAUCGUCCUUUAAUCAUGAACCUCUUGCACUCUCCGAUGUCCUUUUUCGACACAACUCCACUUGGACGUAUUCUCAAUCGAUGUGCAAAGGAUAUUGAAGUAAUCGAUAUGUUGUUGCCAAUGAAUUUUCGCUAUUAUGUGAUGUGCAUCUUACAGGUAAUCACCACGCUGAUCGUGAUCAUCAUCUCGACGCCACUCUUCGCGGCAGUCAUUUUACCGCUCGGUGGCAUUUAUAUUUGGUUCCUGCGCUACUACGUGCCAACGUCUCGACAACUGAAACGCUUAGAGGGAAUCAAUCGAUCACCAAUCUAUUCGCAUUUCGGUGAAAGCAUUCAGGGAGCCGCCUCGAUUCGAGCAUUUAACAAGGUUGAUUCAUUCGUCACAAAAUCUGGGGAAACAGUUGAUCGUUUUAUUCGCUGCAAAUACCCGAAUAUUGUCUCGAAUCGAUGGCUGGCUAUUCGGCUGGAAUUCAUUGGAAACUGUGUGAUCUUCUUUGCGGCCCUUUUCGCGACUCUUUCAAAAGAAUGGGGCUGGUCAUCGAGUGCCGGUAUUGUCGGUGUCUCGAUCUCGUACGCGUUGAAUAUCACUGAAGUGCUGAACUUUGCGGUGCGUCAGAUCAGUGAAAUCGAGGCGAACAUCGUUUCGGUGGAACGCGUGAACGAGUACACGAAGACACCAAAUGAGGCCCCAUGGCGUCUCGAUAACAAUCGCGGCCCACCAAAGGGUUGGCCAAAAGAGGGACGAGUCGAGUUCGACAAUUACGCCACGAGAUAUCGUGAGGGUCUCGACCUUGUCUUGAAGCGUUUCUCGGCACGGGUGAAUGCCGGGGAAAAGAUUGGAAUUGUGGGAAGGACGGGAGCCGGAAAAUCCUCUUUCGCGUUGGCACUUUUCCGAAUGAUCGAGCCGGCCGAGGGUCGAAUUCUCAUUGACGGCGAAGAUUUGUCACAAAUGGGAUUGCACGAUUUGAGAGAGAACAUCACAAUCAUCCCACAAGAUCCAGUUCUCUUCUCGGGCACUCUUCGCUUCAAUCUCGAUCCAUUCGCAAAGGCAACGGAUAGAGAAAUUUGGAAAGCACUCGAAUUGUCGAGUCUGAAAGAAAUGGUUGAGAGGACGGACAGAGGAUUGGAGCAUAUCAUUUCGGAAGGAGGAGAAAAUAUUAGUGUCGGUCAACGCCAAUUGGUGUGUCUUGCUCGAGCUUUGCUUCGAAGGACAAAGGUGCUCGUGCUCGACGAGGCGACAGCGGCCGUCGACUUGCAAACGGACAGUCUCAUUCAGAAAACGAUUCGCGAGCAGUUCACCGAUUGCACCGUUUUCACGAUUGCGCACCGCUUGAACACGAUUUUGGAUUACGAUCGCAUCAUGGUUCUUGAUCACGGCGAGAUUCGGGAAUUCGCCCCACCGAACACUUUGCUGGCCGAUCGGAAUUCGAUUUUCGCGAAAAUGGUCGCCGACGCCGAGCAGGAGAACAAAAAAGCC